UAUCGGGCGGCCCACGCCGCCCCGGCCCGGCGGCGAGCGGGCGGGGAGAGCCGGCCCGCGGGCGGGGCCUGGUCAUCGUCCCGCCGUGCCGCUCCGCACCGCCUCACGCCGCUACACACCGGCGCUAGAGAUUCUGGAAAAUAACACCACCAAUGAGUGACUUGGUCAUUGCUCUCAGCUCCAGAUGACUUGCCCUGUUUUUCAUAAGGGCAUAAUUUAAACCUGCUGUAAGUGAACUAUACUUCAGAACUAAAUACAAGAACAAAGAAAGCAUGUUCUGUGGAUUAUUUGAAAGUAUUUUAUUCCUUCUGUGAAAUGACUACGUCCUCAGCUAUUAAAGGUGCUAUCCAGCUGGGAAUAGGAUACACAGUAGGAAACCUUACUUCAAAACCAGACAGAGAUGUUCUUAUGCAAGAUUUCUACGUAGUGGAAAGUGUCUUCUUACCCAGUGAAGGGAGCAAUCUCACCCCUGCUCAUCAUUACCCUGACUUCAGAUUUAAGACGUAUGCACCUCUUGCCUUCCGAUAUUUCAGAGAACUUUUUGGUAUCAAGCCUGAUGAUUACUUGUAUUCAAUCUGCAGCGAGCCUUUAAUUGAAUUAUCCAAUCCAGGUGCCAGUGGGUCCUUAUUUUUUGUAACUAGUGAUGACGAGUUCAUCAUCAAAACAGUUCAACACAAAGAGGCUGAGUUUCUUCAGAAGCUCUUGCCAGGUUAUUAUAUGAAUCUGAACCAGAAUCCAAGGACGCUUCUACCCAAAUUUUAUGGGCUGUACUGUGUUCAGUCAGGAGGCAUUAAUAUUAGAAUUGUUGUAAUGAACAAUGUUUUGCCACGAGCCUUGAAAAUGCAUUUCACAUAUGACUUGAAAGGCUCCACAUAUAAACGGAGAGCAUCAAGAAAAGAGAGGGAGAAGUCCAACCCAACGUUCAAAGACUUGGAUUUCUUGCAAGACAUGCAUGAAGGGUUGUAUUUUGACUCUGAAACUCACAGCGCAUUAAUGAAAACAUUACAGCGGGAUUGUCGAGUUUUAGAAAGUUUCAAGAUCAUGGAUUACAGUCUGUUACUGGGAAUUCACAUACUGAACAGUAACAUGAGGGAAAAAGAAGGUGAGAGCUCCCAGAACACAUCUGAUGGGAAACGUCCUGGAGGGCAGAAAGUUCUCUAUUCCACAGCCAUGGAGUCUAUACAGGGGCCUGGGAAGUCAGGGGAUUCUGUUGUAACGGAGACAACAAACACAAUGGGAGGUAUUCCAGCUAAAAGCCAUAAAGGAGAAAAGCUGCUUCUAUUUAUGGGGAUUAUUGAUAUUCUACAGUCUUACAGGUUAAUGAAGAAGCUGGAACAUUCGUGGAAAGCUCUUGUUUAUGAUGGGGAUACAGUUUCAGUUCACAGACCAAGUUUUUAUGCGGAUAGAUUUUUAAAAUUUAUGAAUACAAGAGUUUUCAAGAAAGUUCAAGCUUUAAGGUCUUCACCUUCCAAGAAACGAUGCAAUUCCAUCACAGCCCUAAAGGCAACAUCACAGGAAAUAGUGUGUGCCGUCAGCCAGGAGUGGAAGGAUGAAAAGCAUAGCGUUAUUACUGAAGGACAAAGCUACUCCAGCCUUGAUGAGGAAGUCCUAGGUUCAUGCCGCCGGCCAGAUUUAGUGCCAAGCACUCCAUCUCUGUUUGAAGCAGCUUCUCUGGCAACCACAAUUUCUUCUUCUUCCUUGAAUGUAGAUGAACGUUAUCAACGUGAUCAGCCAAUACUCUAUUCUAGCAGUAAAGAGUUGCCUUCAAGUUCAACAUUCACUUUAGAAGAUAGUGCCAUCUAUUUGACGUCAGAGCAGAGCACACUGGAAAUGGAAAAUGAUAAUGCUUCAGUUUUGGAUGUCUAUUUGUAAUAAAAAACAUAGAAGAAUUAAAACUGAGACAGAGAGGUGACAGUGGUUAAUGAAGAGCACUUUCUGCACUCCUGAUUUAGGAAGGAGAGAUUUCCCGAGCCUUGUAGACAGAGAGUAAUAAUCAGCUGAACUUAUUUUAAGAAAUGUCAGGGUCUUUGAACUGUAGAAAGGAUGGAUGGACUUGGCAGAAGUGAUGUGACACAUUCCACACUCUACUAUCAUCAGCUCUUGCUUGCUGAACUGUGAAGACCUGUGUGUUUGAGCUGCUUUCUACUAUAUUGCCAAUCACCUUUUUUGGACUUGAAAGUAAUAUUUUCUUAUUGGCUCUCCAGUGAUUUCAUUUGCAUGCAUCUUGUAAUUAUGCACAAACAAAAUAUAUUAUCUGCUUUACCUAUUUAAAAAAAGCACAGUGGUGAAUAAAAUUGAUUUUUGCAUAUUUUCAGCCUUCAGUUCUAAUUGCUUAGAUCCACAAAAGUGGAAAUUGGAAUUGAUACGAGGGUUAGGGUAAGCCUCUCCACCUACGAUAUGAAAAUGAGCCUUUAAAGACAUUUUCACUGUUGGUGAAAAGAAAAAAUGUUAUUUAUAACAAGGCCUUAUGUUGUGUAUAUAUAUUGUCUUUGAAAUAUUUUUGAUUUUAGUUUAUUUCUUGUAAAAGAGAAAUGAUAUAAUUUAUUUAGUAAAUACUACUGUAAACUAUAGUUUUAUUGAUGAAUAAAGUAUUUUGUUCUCAAGACUA